AUGGUGAAGUUGCAAAGUCUAUAAAGCUCGGCCAUCCCACCGGCCCCGAGUUCGUAAACAUGAGUAAUAUCUUAGAGGACUCGUUUCUAAUCUCAAUCUUCAUGCUUUGACAAGAUCUUUAUAUUCAAAACCCCUCUUCUAGCCAGAAAUCUGCCGAUCUACGGUCCUCUUUAUCAUGGGCCUACCAGAUGAUUUCCACAAACAAGGCGUCCAGCACGUCGAGCAGAACAAUGCAGUCAGCGAUGCCAUCAAAGCCGUAGAGAAUCGUGACCUAGAGCGGAUCGAAGAAACCAAACCAGGUACCUUUGUCUGGCUCUGCGUUGCAGCAAAUGCGAUUGGCGGCAUGCUCUUCGGUUACGACACAGGUGUCAUAUCCGGUGUCCUUGUUGUCAUCGGCAAAGACCUCGAUAAUAAAGAGCUCACUCACUCAGAAAAGGAGUUGAUCACGGCAAUCACCGCAGCUGGGGCCUUGAUUGGUGCUGUCAUUGCUGGCAUAACUGCUGACAAGUACGGCAGGAAGCCUGAUAUUUGGUUCGCCUCUGUCGUCUUUACUAUUGGAGCUCUGCUUCAGGCCACCUCUUUCACGAUUGCGCAAAUGACUGUUGGUCGACUUGUGAUAGGAUUUGGUGUCGGCUCUGCGACUAUGAUCGUACCAUUAUAUAUCGCGGAGCUUUCGCCUGCCAGGUUCCGAGGCCGAAUGAUCUCAAUCCACAUGAUCUUCCUCGGUGCCGGAUCCGUGCUCGCGUACGCCUUCGCCGCAGCCUUCAACACAACAGCGCAUGGCUGGAGAUACAUGGUUGGGCUUGGUGGUGUUCCGUCGUGCCAUGCUAAGGAGGGGCCCCAGUCCCCGCGGUUUGCCGCUGCUCGCUGGGACUCCCUCGAAGAGACGAAACGACCAUUAGAACCUAACAGCAAGCCCUACAACCUAAUCUUACGAGGUUUUCCCCUUAUGGUUUCCCUUAUGGCGGUAUUACCUAUUACGAUAUACUCCGGACGGUUACUAGAACGUUGUGUAAACCAGAAGCCUACGGGCUCUGGGUUGAAGGAUAGGAGAUACUGGCGGAAUUGCGUUCUAGGGACGACCAUAGCACUAAUCGGCCGGCGAAGAAUCCUGCUCUGGACGAUGUGGGGCAUGCCUGUCUGCCUCGCAAUCGCCGCCAUUGCGUUUCACUGGAUCCCCCUGGACAACAACACUUUGGAGCUGACCACAAAAGAGGUGGGCUGGUCCGCAAACCUGGUUCUUGUUGCGAUGAUCAUGUUCGUGGCGUUCUAUGCUGCCGGCCUAUGCUGUGUCCCAUGGCAAGCGAACGAGUUUCUCCCAAUGGAAGUCCGAGCUAUGAGCACCAUGAUGAUCAACAUCUUCAACUGGGGUCCCAACAUUAUCGUCUCUUCGACAUUCUUGUCAAUGAUGCGGGGUAUGACGCCUUCAGGCACAUUUGAUCUAUACGCUGGGUUGUCGUUCUUGGGCUGGAUCAGAGUGGUUUUCGAGCACGGAUUUGGCGUAAGAUAUGCCGAGGAGUGGCGAAAGCAGAAAAAGCUCGACGUUCAAGCCCGGAAGCAAGAGAACACUGUGUGAAAUAUGAUCUGAGACUUCUGUUAUGUUUAUGAAGAUAAUGUAUUCAGGCCUAGAGAAUAAAACUGAGAUCGAGGCUUGGAAAAGUUAAUUUUCACAGAGUUGGAAAAGUGAUGUUCAAACUGAGUUAGAUUUGGCCAAAAGUAUUCUUC